AUGCCCUUGGCACUCUUCACAAUUUGUCUUAUAUCCGGGAUGUACGGAAGUGAGGCUGGAGGAGGGCAAUGUAAAAUUUCAGAGAGAUCAUUUCCUGGUAAAGCUCUCAAGGGUCACACCUUCAAAGAGUUUGCAGUGAGGGCCAUUGUUGAGUGCCAGAACACCUGUGAAAGAGACCCCAGGUGUGCGAGUUACAAUUUUUACAUUCCUCGCAAAGUGUGCGAGCUUAACAGCCAGACCAAGGAAGAACGACCUGACGACUUUGUGACAGAUGAGCUAAGGUUCUAUAUGAGACGAGAAGGUACGAUAAUCUGUCUGUUCUCUUCCGUUUAUUUCCUAGACUUGAGACUUGAGCACGUGUGCAUGCCAAAAUACGAUAACAAAGUUCCAAGAUGCAAAUCGAAUAAGAUUGCCCUGUAAUGUAUGCGCAACAUUUGUAAGCUGUUCAAAUAAAAUCACACUUUGCAUGACCUUGACUUAGAAAUAACCCACAUAUUUCCUAUGCUAAAAUCUAUUUUGUACCAUUAGAUGAUGAUGAAUGCUUGAAGACCCCACCCGUUUGUGACGUCAACGCAAACUGCAAGAACACUCUUGGCUCCUAUCUUUGUUCAUGUAUAGAGGGCUUUACAGGUGACGGCAAAACAUGUCAAGGUAAAAUUUUGAAAAAAAUUGUCCUGCAAUUUUUCGCUUAUCUAGGUUAUUCUCAAAUUCGUAUUCGUAUUCGCCUUUUUUGUAUAUAGAGGAUAUUAUAUGGCCGCUUGGGGAUACGAAUUUUAUUUUCGAGUGCUGAAAGUAUCUCUCACAAGUGAGCGAAGCAAAAUGCCUGUCACAAAAAUGUUAUGAAACUCGGAUAUAAAGUUGCAAAGGAGAAAUAAAGACAAUAAUAUUUAUAUUUUCUGUUCCAAAAAAUCAAAAUUCUAAACAAGAAGAAAAAUUAUGUUAGUAACCAUGGCGACACCAAUAUCCUCACACGUGAAAGAUAAAAAUAGUAUCUUCACUGCGCGCGAUGAAGAUAUGAUUUUUUAGUAAAAGGAAAAAUCCUGGUAUUUCAUCAGUAUCUAUAUACUAAAAAUAUUUCAUUAGCUGUUAUGUUUACUACCUUUUUGUUUGAAGUAGAAUUGAAUUUAGAUAACAUCUUUAAACAUUAUAUUUCAGACUUAGACGAAUGCCAGAUGAGCACACACAAUUGUAGCGACAAUGCCAACUGCAUUAACACCGAAGGUUCCUUUAACUGCAGUUGCAAACCAGGGUACAGAGCAAAUGGCUACAACUGUUCAGGUACGUGCUUGCAAAGUCUUUCCUACUUUUUCUUUAGUUUUAACGACUUUUUAUGGCCAAAAAAAUUACACUUAAAAUGUUCAGGCAUAAUAUAAGUUCAGAUUUCGUUUCGUCUUGAAAACUCUCCUAACAUUUUAUUUCAGACGUAGACGAAUGCCAGAUCAGCUCUCACAAUUGUAGCGACAAUGUCACCUGCAUUAACACCGAAGGUUCCUUUAACUGCAGUUGCAAACCAGGGUACAGAGGAAAUGGCUACAACUGUUCAGGUACGUGCUUGCAAAGUCUUUCCUAUUUUUUCUUUAGUUUUAACGACUUUUUAUGGCAAAAAAAAUUACACUUAAAAUGUUCAGGCAUAAUAUAAGUUCAGAGUUCGUUUUCGUCUUGAAAUCUCUUAUAACAUUUUAUUUUAGACGAAGACGAAUGCCAGAUCAGCUCUCACAAUUGUAGCGACAAUGCCACCUGCAUUAACACCGAAGGUUCCUUUAACUGCAGUUGCAAACCAGGGUACAGAGGAAAUGGCUACAACUGUUCAGGUACGUGCUUGCGAAGUCUUUCCUUUUUUUUUCUUUAGUUUUAACGACUUUUUAUGGCAAACAAAUUACACUUAUAAUGUUCAGGCAUAAUAUAAGUUCAGAGUUCGUUUUCGUCUUGAAAACUCUCCUAACAUUUUAUUUCAGACGAAGACGAAUGCCAGAUCAGCUCUCACAAUUGUAGCGACAAUGCCACCUGCAUUAACACCGAAGGUUCCUUUAACUGCAGUUGCAAACCAGGGUACAGAGGAAAUGGCUACAACUGUUCAGGUACGUGCUUGCGAAAUCUCUCCUAUUUUUUCUUUAGUUUUAACGACUUUUUAAGGCAAACAAAUUACUCUUAAAAUGUUCAGGCAUAAUAUAAGUUCAGAGUUCGUUUUCGUCUUGAAAACUCUCCUAACAUUUUAUUUCAGACUUAGACGAAUGCCAAAUCAGCUCUCACAAUUGUAGCGACAAUGCCACCUGUAUCAACACCGAAGGUUCCUUUAACUGUAGUUGCAAACCAGGGUACAGAGGAAAUGGCUACAAUUGUUCAGGUACGUGCUUGCAAAGUCUUUCCUACUUUUUCUUUAGUUUUAACGACUUUUUUUGGCAAAAAAAAUUACACUUAAAAUGUUUAGGCAUAAUAUAAGUUCAGAGUUCGUUUUCGUCUUGAAAUCUCCUAUAACAUUUUAUUUCAGACGAAGACAAAUGCCAGAUCAGCUCUCACAAUUGUAGCGACAAUGCCACCUGCAUUAACACCGAAGGUUCUUUUAACUGCAGUUGCAAACCAGGGUACAGAGGAAAUGGCUACAACUGUUCAGGUACGUGCUUGCAAAGUCUUUCCUAUUUUUCCUUUAGUUUCAAGGACUUUUUAUGGCCAAAAAAACUACACUUAAAAUGUUCAGGCAUAAUAUAAGUUCAGAUUUCGUUUUCGUCUUGAAAACUCUCCUAACAUUUUAUUUCAGACGUAGACGAAUGCCAGAUCAGCUCUCACAAUUGUAGCGACAAUGCCACCUGCAUUAACACCGAAGGUUCCUUUAACUGCAGUUGCAAACCAGGGUACAGAGGAAAUGGCUACUACUGUUCAGGUACUUGCUUGCGAAGUCUUUCUUAUUUUUUCUUUAGUUUUAACGACUUUUUAUGGCAAAAAAAAUUACACUUGAAAUGUUCAGGCAUAAUAUAAGUUCAGAGUUCGUUUUCGUCUUGAAAACUCUGCUAACAUUUUAUUUUAGACGAAGACGAACGCCAGAUCAGCUCUCACAAUUGUAGCGACAAUGCCACCUGCAUUAACACCGAAGGUUCCUUUAACUGCAGUUGCAAACCAGGGUACAGAGGAAAUGGCUACAACUGUUCAGGUACGUGCUUGCGAAGUCUUUCCUAUUUUUUCUUUAGUUUUAACGACUUUUUAUGGCAAAAAAAAUUACACUUAAAAUGUUCAGGCAUAAUAUAAGUUCAGAUUUCGUUUUCGUCUUGAAAUCUCUUAUAACAUUUUAUUUCAGACGAAGACGAAUGCCAGAUCAGCUCUCACAAUUGUAGCGACAAUGCCACCUGCAUUAACACCGAAGGUUCUUUUAACUGCAGUUGCAAACCAGGGUACAGAGGAAAUGGCUACAACUGUUCAGGUACGUGCUUGCAAAGUCUUUCCUACUUUUUCUUUAGUUUUAACGACUUUUUAUGGCAAACAAAUUACACUUAAAAUGUUUAGGCAUAAUAUAAGUUCAGAGUUCGUUUUCGUCUUGAAAUCUCUUAUAACAUUUUAUUUUAGACGAAGACGAAUGCCAGAUCAGCUCUCACAAUUGUAGCGACAAUGCCACCUGCAUUAACACCGAAGGUUCCUUUAACUGCAGUUGCAAACCAGGGUACAGAGGAAAUGGCUACAACUGUUCAGGUACGUGCUUACGAAGUCUUUCCUUUUUUUUUCUUUAGUUUUAACGACUUUUUAUGGCAAACAAAUUACACUUAUAAUGUUCAGGCAUAAUAUAAGUUCAGAGUUCGUUUUCGUCUUGAAAACUCUCCUAACAUUUUAUUUCAGACGAAGACGAAUGCCAGAUCAGCUCUCACAAUUGUAGCGACAAUGCCACCUGCAUUAACACCGAAGGUUCCUUUAACUGCAGUUGCAAACCAGGGUACAGAGGAAAUGGCUACAACUGUUCAGGUACGUGCUUGCAAAGUCUUUCCUACUUUUUCUUUAGUUUUAACGACUUUUUAUGGCAAACAAAUUACACUUAAAAUGUUCAGGCAUAAUAUAAGUUCAGAGUUCGUUUUCGUCUUGAAAUCUCUUAUAACAUUUUUUUUAGACGAAGACGAAUGCCAGAUCAGCUCUCACAAUUGUAGCGACAAUGCCACCUGCAUUAACACCGAAGGUUCCUUUAACUGCAGUUGCAAACCAGGGUACAGAGGAAAUGGCUACAACUGUUCAGGUACGUGCUUGCAAAGUCUUUCCUACUUUUUCUUUAGUUUUAACGACUUUUUAUGGCAAAAAAAAUUACACUUGAAAUGUUUAGGCAUAAUAUAAGUUCAGAGUUCGUUUUCGUCUUGAAGACGCUCCUAACAUUUUAUUUCAGACGUAGACGAAUGCCAGAUCAGCUCUCACAAUUGUAGCGACAAUGCCACCUGCAUUAACACCGAAGGUUCCUUUAACUGCAGUUGCAAACCAGGGUACAGAGGAAAUGGCUACAACUGUUCAGGUGCGUGCUUGCCAAGUCUUUCCUAUUUUUUCUUUAGUUUUAACGACUUUUUAUGGCAAAAAAAUUACACUUAUAAUGUUCAGGCAUAAUAUAACUUCAGAGUUUGUUUUCGUCUUGAAAUCUCUUAUAACAUUUUCUUUCAGACUUAGACGAAUGCCAGAUCAGCUCUCUUAUUUCCCCUUUACAAAGAAAACGGUUACAAAGGUUAUGAUUACGCUUACUUGUACUGUUCCCUUUUUGUAGACAUUGACGAGUGCAGCCGCGGUACUCACAACUGCCACAGUUCACUUGCUUCAUGUACCAACACAGUGGGAUCCUUUAGUUGUUCAUGUAACAAUCCUUACACUGGAAAUGGCAGAACUUGCAAUCUAGCAUCAGGUAAUCAACUCGCCGAAUAUUAG